AUGUCUUCUCAAUCUGCUUCUGCUGUGGCUGCCAACCAGGCUCUCAUUGCUCUUGUCGCCCGGCUCAAUGAGAUGGUUCAAGAUGUUCUCCGGUCGCAGUCUCAGGACGAGAAAAUGGAGUUGAGCCACGAGAUUGCUCGCGAAGUGAAUGUCGCGAUUUGUUCAUAUGGGAGGGACGCUUCAUAUGUUCCCCCUGGCCUGCUGUCACUUGCAGCUGAGAUCUUUCGCACUCAGAGGCGCACCUCACAAUUGAUGGUAGUCCUGGAUUGGAACCAUCUUGGUAACAAUCAGGAUAUGUGCAUGAAGCAUCCAUUGUACAGUAAGACAUUGGGUCAUGCGCCGCCUGCUUCACCUGCAGCUACUGCUCCUGCAUCUGCACCUGCACCUGCACCUGCUCUGGUACCUGCUCCUGCACCGAUACCGGUGCCUGCACCGAUACCUACUCCUGCACCGGUACCUGCCCCACCACCGGUACCUGCUCCACCACCAGUACCUGCCCCACCACCGGUACCUGUUCCUGUACCAGCACCAGCCUCUGCACCAGAACCAGCACCACACAUCAGCAUUUGCAUACCUAAAGAUGUGCCACCCGGUGGGACAGCAACAGCCAGGACAUCAACAAACCGGAAACGCCGGCUCAGCAGCCCCCCUUUGCCCCGUGUCAACCGGGCCCGGAAGCCUGCACCAAAGUCAAAGGCAAUUUUGUCUGACACUGACACUACCGACAAUGACAAGGCAAAGGCAAAGGCAAAGGCAAAGGCAAAGGCAAAGGCAAAGGCAAAGGCAAAGGCAAAGGCAAAGGCAAAGGCAAAGGGGAAGGGGAAGGGGAAGGGGAAGGGGAAGGAGAAGGGGAAGGGGAAGGGGAAGGCAAAGGCACCGGAAGAUGAUGGCAAUGAGGAUGGUGAGGGGAUCGAUGUGGAUGAUCUUCCGGACCCCCGGAAAUCAACUCAUCAGGCUGUAAUUGUUGUCAAAAAGAAGGGCAGUGCAUCGAAGGCAAGUCAGCGGGUUGUGAUUCAGGACGAUGAAAAGGAUGAAUUGGAGGAUGAGGAUGAUGAUACACAAGGCAGGCCAAAGGCAAGUUCAUUAUUUUACUUCACAUUUACCGGUCUAUCGCUCAUCAGGAUGCAGGCCACUGUCAGACCAGGGAAACGGCAAAAACUGUCCAUGCAGCCCAAGGGCAAGGCCACCGGCAAGAAGGGCAAAGUGCCAGAACCGCCCCGCGUUGAUGAACCCCAUCCGCCUUGUGAUAGAUGUCUGGCCAAGAAUGUUGAGUGUUUCCCCCGAUGGACGAAGAAAGGCGAGAUCGCCUCGACUUGCUCAUUGUGCUAUCUGUGGAAGAUGGCAUGCAUCUGGACUAACACAGAGAGCGCACCCACCACCUCUUCCAACACCAUUACCCCCAUCACCGUCACUGCACCACCUGCAGUCACAGUAGCCACUCGCUCCAAGACCAUCUGGUCCAAAGCCACCGGAGAGAAGAUGAGUGGGAAAUCCAAGGCGAAAGGCAAGUCUUUUGUUUCCGGCAAGGAUAUCCGGCACCCAAGUCCUAUCAAAGAGGAGGACAAUGUCGAUGAUGUCCAGAUGGUUGCUGCCAGCAGUUCUGCACAACAACUGGCCCCUUUGGCAUCCCCACACGAUUUCCCUCCUGAUCAUUGGGUGGAGCCCGGCAAUGAUGAGAUGCCACCUUCAUCACCGGCCAUGGCCUCAGAGGACAAUAUCCGGUUCUCGCCGUUACCGGUCAAUUUCAACCAUCCCUCCCCUGUCUCUCCUUCUGGACCCGGUCAUUCCACCCAAUACCCUCUCUCUCAUGACAAGAUGGAGGCCAUGUUGGCCCAAAUUCGCAUCGAGAUGGAGGAACUGCGCACACAUGAUCAAAUGGAAAUUGACGUCCGGCAUGAUCGCUUGGAGAAUCGCAUGGACAUCGCCGAGGCAUCUGAUAGCGCCAUGUCCAUGCAGAUUGAUGACAUAGGGCGGAAUAUGCGUGUGCAGAAGGGACUCCUUGCUGAGUGCACGGCUGAGGUAAGAGGUAUUGUCAGGUAUCUGAGGGAGCAAAGAUCUACUCAGGCGACAGCAUCAACUCCACCGGCAUUUAAUCCACCCCCUGUGACAGCCCACGACCCAUCUAUCAGUGCGUUUGCUCGCACUGUGACCAACAAUGUGUUCACUCCAGAUGUCUCUUGGAUGGGUGCCCAGACCGGUGGUGAUAUGUUGGGUGAUACUGCAGAUGGAUCACCGGUCACAAGGCACAACCGGGUGCCAUCCAAUUCCACCAUCAUCCCUUCACUGACCAUGAGGGAAUCCGGCCCAUCUGUUCCUCCAGUUGGUGCACCACCUGUGCAAUCUCCUAUUCUCCCGGUCGCCGGGCCAUCAAAUGUGCCGGCUGAUGCCCAGUCCGUCUCAGCUCCUUUGCCACGCCCGCGAUUUGGACCUCUAUCACACCAAGCGGACGUCCGGCUCAUCUGUAUCAUCCAUCUCACCUUCACCUCUCGCACACCGGAAGUCCGGCUCAUCUGUAUCAUCCAUCUCACCUUCACCUCUCGCACACCGGACGUCCGGCACAUCUGUAUCAUCCAUUUCACCUUCACCUCUAUCGGACAGCGGACGUCCGGCUCAUCUGUAUCAUCCAUUUCACCUUCACCUCUCGCACACCGGAAGUCCGGCUCAUCUGUAUCAUCCAUCUCACCUUCACCUCUGUCCCACAAUGCUCUUCCGGCUCAUCUGUAUCAUCCAUCUCACCUUCACCUCUGUCCCACAACGCUCUUCCGGCUCAUCUGUAUCAUCCAUACUGGCAAAUAUUUCCAUUGUCCACCGGGUGGAAUAUCAUGA